AUGGUUCUCACUGGACAUUGCCUCUGCAAGGCCGUCACCUACACGGUCGACGUUGACGCCCCGAUCAUCACCGGCUACGACCACUGCGACGACUGCCAGCGCCAGACCGGCUCCACAUACUCCCUCGUCUGCGUCGUCCCCAAGGACAAGCUCAAGAUCAACGGCCCGACCAAGUCCUGGGCCGGCAAGGGCUCCUCGGGCAACGCCGUCCACCGCAUCUUCUGCUCCGAGUGCGGCUCCCCGAUCGCCCACGACCCGGAUGCGGCCCCGGAGAUCAUCGCGCUCAAGGGCGGCACCCUCGACUCGGAGAUCAAGAAGACCCUGAAGCCUGACACCGAGAUCUGGACCGUCGGCAAGCUGCCCUUCUGCCAGGAGCAUCUCGCCAAGCCUUUCAAGCACAUGCCCGAGUAA